AUUAUUUCCAUUUUCCAUGGCAUACUCCCACGGUCGAGCAUGGAUUAGUAUUACUCACUCAGUUUUUCUAUGAAUGUCCCGAGUGAUUGUUGUGGAUUUGUGUUGAAAAUGUACGGCUUGAGUGAUUUAUCGGUUUAACAGUUUUGUACCUUGGAUCUGUGUUGUGACUGAAAAAUGGCUCGGUUAACAGAGGAAAUGGUGAUUGCAAGAACUAAACAGUCAGAAUUAUCUGUUAUAAAGAACCUUAAUUGCUGGGGCGCCGAGUUGGGUGACGUGAGCCUGCUGCGACAGAUGCCCAACGUGGAGGUGCUCGCCUUCAGCAUCAACAAGUUGCGCGGGCUGGAGGUGUUCGCGUCAUGCCGGCGGCUGCGAGAGCUGUACGUGCGCAAGAACGAGAUCCGCGACCUGGCCGAGAUCAGACACCUGAAGCAUCUGCCCGACCUCACCAGCCUGUGGCUCGACGAGAACCCAUGCUCGCGACACCCUGAAUACAGACUGACCGUGCUGCGGAACCUGCCCCACCUGGAGAAGCUGGACAACAUCUCGGUGCAGCCGGACGAGGUGCAGGAGGCCAUGCGACGCGGCACGCUCAUCUCGGACUCUGACGACGAGGGAUUCCCGCACCAGGAGUCGUACGGCGCCGAGUGCGGCGGCUCACGGUCGUGUGAAUCGAGCCCCGAGCGCGAGCCAGAGCCCGAGCACGAGCCGCGCGGUCGUCUGACGCACCGGCGAUGUACAUCCCCCCCGGCUUGCGAGUGUCCGUCGCCCCCGGCCUGCGUGUCCCCCUCCCCCCCGCCGUCGCCGGUACAGUACCGCGAGCGGGCCGGCUACGACCGUGACCACGUGAUGUCGGCGUCACACUACGAGGCUCGGCGGCCGCGCUCUCCCGACGUGCCCUCGCUGCGGCACUCCGUGUCGGCGCACAGCGUUAAGGAGUACUGCACCAUCAGUAACGGUGACUGGCGCAGCAGCGUGGACGCGGAGCCCUCCCGUCCCGCGUACGACGCUCCCUCCGCGGCCCCCGUCGCAGACCGAAGUGAUCGCAGCGACAGAAGUGAGUGUUACAACCGCGGUGACUGGGAGCGGCCGGAACGUGACAUACGUGACGUUCGCGCGCGUGACAUCCCGUCGGCAGUGUGGGGCGCGAGACGCCGCCGACCUGUGGCGCGGAACUCGAACCUGCUAUCCGCCGUAUUGUGCCUGGUUAAGGAACUAGACUACCCCAGCCUGGAGGUCGCCGAGAUGGCCGUCAGGUGUCGGAUGGACGAGCUGGCGGAGGAGCAGUGACCCCGCCCCCGUCGGCCACGCCCCCCGGACACUCUCGAGUGACCGUGACGUGACGUGACGUGACACACCGAGGACGCUUAAUAUUGAUGAUCAGCUCACUUGGAAUGACGUUGUGGUGACGCAUUUACAGAGAUGCUGCUCAGAUGUUAGUGGCGGAGUGAUAUGUGUGUGUGACGUGUCAUAGUGACAGUGACACCCAGGUGCAAUCAAGGUUACCUUACCGAUGAGACUAAUAUAAACUUAGUGUAGGUGUGGUCCCAGCUUUAUUUAUCGCGUGUGAAAAUUAUUACCCGCACAGAGGCGCUAAACGAAUUAAUAAUAUAGGACGCUGGAUUAUGAUAUAAAUACUCAGCACGGGGUCCCAACACACACGCGCCCGCGCCCGCACCGCAUGCGUCGUGUUGUAACGGCUACAGACGUUCCGAGCCACGCUUCAAGUAGUGUAAAAAGUUUUCGAUUGCCCAUAUACAUACAAUUUUGUAUAACAAAUGCGACGAUUUAUACAUUAUUUCCGAGUCCGUAUUCGUUUUAAAACUUUUGUAACUUAAAUUAUAUUUUUACUAGCUGACCCGACAGACGCUUUUCUGUGCAUAAUAAAUAAAAUACUGUGUUUUUUUUAUGAAUUUGUCAAUAAUAUUUCAUAACACCAAGAAUUAUUUUGUAAAAUAUGCUUCCUGUCAAUAACGUUCUAUAUAUUAUGUAUAGAACGUCUCCCUCUUGUUAACUAUAAUGAAAUUGUUUCACAGCAGAACUGUCAAACCGUGCGUCUUUAAAUUCUCUCACAGUAAAUAUGUCCAUACAAAACAAAUAUUGGAUAUAUAAAUAAUUAUGGGUCCGAAAUCGAAAUAAAAACUAUCCUAUAUCUUAAGUUGACCUAAACUGCACUCCAUGAAGUAAUCCCCAUUUAAAUCCGUUCAUUAGAUUAGGAGUCCAUCGCGGAGAAACAACGUGUCACAUAAUUUAUAUAUAUUAUUAAGUUUAAAUUAAACUGUCAGACGCGUCAACCUCAAUUCAGUUUUGAUUAACUAAAUUUGCGUGUAUGCAAGAAAACAUUUCGCACUCAAAUUUAAAAAUGGGCAAACGGCCCUUUUUCAACCGCAAAGCCAAGAUACUACUUUUCCCGCAUGAGUAAUACAAAAUAAAUUUUAAUAUUGUUCAUCAAUUUCAUGCUCGGAAUAAACACUAAUGCUGUAAAGGUGCUUAACGAAUGUCGUUUCUUUCUUUUUGUUAACAUCACAAGUUAAUCUUUCUCUUCUUCUUCCUGUAACUUACCAUUAUUAUUGAUAUUUUUUCAUUAAUUUUGAUGCUUCCUUCACAGUUGCGACUAUGAGAGAACCCGACUGUAUGUAAAGUAAUUGUUGUGAACAUUAGAUGUGAUGUGAUUUGUAAAAUCGUCUCCGUGUUCAAAUAUUUCAGCAAAAUAUGUCCAGGUGAUAGAAGGGUGUGAGGGUUGAUGUACUGACGACAUCUGGUGGCGAAUUUUGAUUGUGAAAAGAUAUGAAGAUGAAUGAAUUAUGUAAAAUAGAUUUUUUAGUGAAUUAUGUAUAGCUAAUAAUUAAAUCUAAACAAUUUGUUAUUUUUAAAGUGAUAUCCCUCGGUUCUGGGAUUAUAAUUGUUUGUACCUAAGCAAAAUUUAUGAAAAAUCCGGGAGAAAUUUUGUUUACAAACUUAAUUUAAUCAAUCAGAAGUGAGGGAUUGCACUUUACAAAUAACAAAUUGUUAAGAUUUGAAAGAGGCCUCAAUUCAAUUUCUUAAUAAGCAAUUAUUGGGGUUGAGCAGGUUAUCAACUGUAAAGUAGAUCCUGUAGAUGGAGUCACAACCUGAGAGUUGAACAAGAUAUAACAAGAUUUACGAACCAUGUGUCACUCGAACGGUUGCCUCAGUUGGUAAAAGCGUUCGAGCGGAUCCUGAGAGGUCGUCAGUUUGAGUCCCGCAUCGUUCAAAAUUUUGGUUAAAAUUUAAUUUAAUAAUUUAAUAUCAAACUUGAUCAAAAUUGCAAUGUGAAUCAGGCUUAUUAUUAUUGAAACAAAUUAUAGAAGUAAUUAAACGUUUAGCAAUUAUAAAAUAAGGGUGAGCCACAAAAAAACAGCAUUUAAAUAAUUUGGUCGGCAUAAAAAGAUUUUGUUUGCAAUAAAAAACAUCAGGCAGCAAUCCUUGUUCCGUAAAUAAUUUUGAUAUUAUGGUCAAAAAUUAAAUCAUAAAUAGGCAGUUUACAGUAACAUAACUUUGCAUAAUGAACAUUCAGUCCGCAAAAUAACUACUGGUUAACAAGAUUUCUAAAAAUAUUUUUAAAAAUUGGUAAGAACAGUUAAAACAACGCACGACCCGAGCGUAGCGUGCCGCGGCAGCGGCCGGCGGGUGCCAGAAACGAAUUCUAUGCGUUAAAAUGAACUUUAGGGCUUACCAAUUAUAUUUAACAGGAGCAGCUCAUUGCAACUAAUAUAAUUAAUAUGCUGUACAAAAAUAAUUUCAGCGGUCCAGAAUGACGUAAAUUGCUGAUUGAUUUUGUAAUGUUUGCUGGCUAUGAGUUGCUGAUCAAUUAGCUACUACUGCUCACAAAAUUCGAAUCUUAUGCUUACCAUUUAAAUAACACCCAUUUUUUAUAUUUCUUUGGCUUUGAGUAAAUUUACUUUUAUUGGCUGUUUAUACUAAUGUUAUGUGUGUUAUAAAUUUUACUCUUUAGUAACUUGUUAUUUCUAUAUUGUUAAAUCAUAAAAAUUUGCUGUUUUGUUAACUUCGAUAAUAUUGUACUCAAUAUAGUAUCAUAUUUAGUUUACAGUUGUUUGAGGUCACGUCGUGGCUGUGAAACAUACAUUUUAAAUGUAUUUUAACUUUUAUCGUUUAUUAUUAUUUGUUCUGUGAGGAUGCGACAUAUCAUUUGUAAAUAUUAUUAACGGAAUUGAUUUAAAUUGAACUUUGAUUGUCCGAUGAAAUAUGUUUCCAUUUAUGUUAUCGCUUGAUGCUUAUUUGGACCUCACCGACGAAUAGAACACAAAGAGAUUGAUUGUAUUUUAAGUGUAUUUUUAAUGCUCUGUAAUUUUUUCGGAAUAAUGUACUACAUAAUUUUAGUGCGAGUUAUUACUAAUAUUUAUUUAUCAAUGGAAUAAUGAUAUCAGAUCCAUUUGAAAAUUGAAUCGCCCGUUUUAUCGCUCUAUUGGCUAUAUUUAUAUAAUUAAUAAUAUGUUUAUCAGUUUAUGAAACAUUCCUUAGCACGAAGUGACGCUCAAAUUGUAAGACGUAUUCUGGCGCCAUGAGGGUUAUUGUCCUGGGGGGUAGAGGUAGGGUACUAUCACAUAAUAUGGGGAACAAUUACAGAGGUGUCCAGCUGUAAGCAGUGAAGAAGUUCUAUAUGGCGCUAGAGUUAGCAAGAGGGAAUGGAGUAAAUUGGACUGUUCAUUGUGGAUGCACAGACAUGCGCUGAGAUUAGUAUUUGAAAUGUCUGUUUAAAAUUGAUGAAAUGUUUCACAUUCAUUUAAAUAUUCCUAAUAUGUUAUAUGAUAUAGUGUGGCCAUUAGUGUUGUGCACUUCCUGAGGUACGCGCGGCGAGGUGGGAGGCGAAGAAAAAAGUGCAUGAGUUCACAUGAGAUCGAUACAUGUCGGACAGAUGUUACAAUAUCAGUUAGUCUUUUCUUUUAAAUAAAACACUUUUAAAGGAUUAAAACACGUGUAAUUGUAACGGUUUUACAUUAGGUGUUUGCGUAAAAGUUACAUUUUUAUUUUAGUUAACCCGACAUUUCAAGAUCUUUCCUGAUCUCGUUUUCAGGGGGACUGCAGAUGAAGUGAGUCAAUGAUAGUAUUUGUCAUAGUUGUCAUUAUGAAGUUAAGCGCCAUAAAACGUGCUUCAGUUAAUACUAUUUUCAAGCCACACAAGAAGAUCCAGCAAUUCUUGAGACCAGUUAAGUGUAAUAUUCCACUGCAAGAUGCAGAUGUCUAUAAACUGGACUGCGACUGUGGCCUGUCUUAUAUUGGGCAAACCAAACGUAAUAUCUCAAGCCGACUUAAAGAACACAUUGCGGAUAUCAAACACAGACGUCACUCUAAGUCAGCUGUAUGUGAACACAUGACAGACCGUCCUAACCACUACAUCCGGUUCGACCAAAAGUUUUGGUAAAAGAGAAUAGAUUUCUCCCAAGACUGGUACGUGAAGCCAUCGAAAUUAAAAAACACCCAAAUUUCAAUAGAGAAGAUGGUCUAAAAUUAUCUAACACCUGGGAUCCAAUAAUCUCUAAAUUAAAACUCAUAACUACACAUACCAAAAAAGAAGAGGACACUGUCAGUAAAUUUUGCCUAAAUCAUCUGUCUACAGCAAAUACCACCUCUGAGGAAAUAAAUGGCGCUAAACUUCAUAAUGACAACUAUGACAAAUACUAUCUUUGACUCACUUCAUCUGCAGUCCCCCUGAAAACGAGAUCUGGAAAGGUCUUGAAACGUCGGGUUAACUAAAAUAAAAAUGUAACUUUUACGCAAACACCUAAUGUAAAUCCGUUACAAUUACACGUGUUUUAAUCCUUUAUAAGUGUUUUAUUUAAAUGCGUAACACUCGCGUUAAUGAAAGAAAAUACUAGUCUUUUCUUACGUCAUCAUCUUCAUUUUCCACUUCGCCACCGGAACUUGAAUCAGAGUCUUGCAAAUUUAUGCUGAAUGAAUCGAUAACAUUAUCGAACUCCAAUACUACUAUCGCGACUCCAGAAAUCAUUUUCAUUUUUCUGGACAUCGUCGCAUCUCUUGCCAUUUUUCCGCCGUGAAUUCCGAAAACAAUUUAUCCAAUAAGAUUCUCGUUUCGUCUAGAGAAGAAUUAAUAUAGUUUUGGGCUAUGUUGUUUGAAAUAUCAGCCCAGAUAUAUCAAUUGGAUUUAAAUCUGGAUUGUACGGAGGUAAACGCAGAACAGUGUGUCCACUGGCUUUCAGGAGUUCGUCAAAUCUAUACACGGGUUCUUUUGGUGUAAUUUUUAAUAAGAAGUAGCAGUUGAACCUUUGUCAUGGUUCCUGAAAAUUCUACAUUAUUUCGUAGCAACCAGUUAUGCAUUUCAAUUUUGAUACUUGAUAUAGUUGGUUUCUUCUCAACCUGAACGCUGUGGUAAGACGCGUUGUCCAUUACAAGCACAGAAUUCGACAGCAACUUAUAACUUUUCAUCUACCCACUUAUAAAAAGUAGAUCCACUCAUAUCUCCAUGACCGACUAAGCCAUUCGACACCUAGCGUGGAGAAUUACCAAUCGCCGUCCUUUCCCAAUAUCAGCAUGAAUUCCGGGUUAUGACGAUGAUUGCCAAAAUUUGCUGGCAUGGUGACUGGCGUUGAUGUAUGUUUCAUCAAGAAAAUAUAUGUUGCGGUUUUGCGUUCUGUAAAAUCUGAUUUGUGUAAGAUAUUUUUUCCGCCACACUGUAAUAUUAGGCUGCUCUAUAAGGAGAUGUCUCUUUGAUUUGCAAUUUUUGAAACGGUAGCCCAUUUUGUGUAAAAGCUGUUUUAAAUAUUUCCGUCCACAAUUCAAUAUGCCAUGCUAUCAUUAAAAAUGACAGUCUUCAUAUCACGAGAUAACGCACGACCCAUCUUUCAAUAUUUAUCGCAUGUGCGUCUGACAUAAACAGUCCGACACAGAUAACACUACCUGCCGCCCGUUCGUGACGGCGCUGACAUAGAGCAGAAGCCGAUACUCCUCCCCGUCUCGCCGCGCGCAUACAUCAGGGACAGAGAGUGCACAGCUCUAAUAGCCACACUAUAGUUGGACUUCGAAGUAAAAUUCACCCACUUGCUACUGCAGCGCCGCCCGUGAUUUAACAAAUCUUAACAAUAUAGACACAGAGAUAUGGUUCUCCUUAGUUUUCCCCUUUCUACUUUGUCUUAAAAUAUCAAAUUGUUUUUGAUAUUUUGCGAUGCGACAUUAACAAUGACGGUUGCCAUCACACGCUCGUAUAUGUUUGAUAAUGCUGUAGGUAGCUGUAGUAUAACAAAUUGCAAUAAUUGUAUGAAUGUAUGAUAAUAACAAAGACUUGCCUGAGA